AUGGCGACCUCACAUUCUUUCCCACCUGAAGAAAGUCUACCUCAUCCUCCACCUAUUUUUCCACAACAAAUAAAUGCAAAGCAGGCUGUAAUUUACAAUAAGUCGGGCACAAAGUGUAUGAACAUUGUAAAGGAACCUUCCGGAACGCCUUUGUCGCCGACUUCGCCGCCUUUAAAAGAUCCGGGUGAGCUUACUCCUUCUCAUAGCCCACAGAGUAGUAACGGCGCCACAAAAAAGAAAAAAAAGAAGAAGGGUAAAAGAAAGCCGCCUUCAGAUCAUAUUGAAGAUCACGAUAUUGCUAAUGGGACUCAUAAUCAACAUACAAAGUCUCAUCAUACAAUUUACACUAGCGAUUUUGAUGGCGAAGAGGCAGUUGAUGUGGAUAUAGAAGAUGAUGAAGAAUUCUUCUCAGAUGAUGAAGGAUACGAUCCCGAAGCUCCAGAAAUACCAUUUCCGCGCAAGGAUUCUAUCACUAAUAUCGAUGAUAUUCACAAUCAUCCUCAUCAUAACCAUAAUCAUAAAUCUCGUAAAGACGGUAUCUGGAAUACCAAUAAUAACGAAGAACGGCAACGAAUAAGAGAAUUCUGGUUGCAGUUAGGCGAAGAAGAACGACGAAGUUUAGUAAAAGUUGAAAAAGAAGCCGUACUUAAAAAAAUGAAAGAACAACAAAAACAUUCAUGCUCAUGUUCCGUAUGUGGUCGAAAGAGGACUGCUAUAGAAGAAGAGCUAGAAACCCUUUAUGAUGCUUAUUAUGAAGAACUAGAAUUAUAUGCUAAUCAACAGCAACAAUUCGGUUCUUCAACUAUCGAGUAUCGCAGUGAACACGGUAGCGAUACUCGGAAAGAACUUUUUAAUUUUGGCAAUAGUUUGACCGUGAAAGGAGGUAUUUUAACUGUAGCUGAUGACCUUUUAAAAAACGAUGGAAAGAAAUUUCUUGAAAUGAUGGAACGACUUGCUGAACAGGAACAACGCAUGGAGGAAGGUCGGCGGAUGUUCCAGAUAUUUGCAGCACGAAUGUUUGAACAACGAGUAUUAAAUGCUUACCGGGAAAAAGUUGCUCAAGAGCGACAACAAAAAUUGUUGGAAGAGUUAGAGGAAGAAAACCGGGCCAUAAAGCAGCAAAAAGAGGAAGAAAGAGCAAGGAAAGAAGCUGAAAGACUUGCUGAAGAGCAAGCAUUACGUGCAGAACGUGAAAAAAAAGCAGAGGAGGAACGCAAAAAACGUGAGGAAGAACGUCUUCGCAAAGAGGCGGAACGAAGGGCAAGGGAAGAAGAACGACUAAAAAAAGAGGAGGAAAAGAGGAGAAAGGCAAAAGAGGAAAAGGAAAGGGAGGAACGUAAGAGAAAAGAGCAAGAGGCUCGAGAGCGUAAAGAACGAGAGGAGAGAGAACGUAAAGAUAGAGAAGAAAAAGCUCGUAAAGAAAAAGAGGAAAAAGAGCGACGCCAACGUGACGAACGCGAUCGAAAAGAGCGUGAGGCAAAAGAGCGAAGAGAGC